UUGAAAGUUUUGUUUCCCUGUUUAAGUUAGACCUUAAUUUAGAGAUAGAUUGAAAACCAUUGAAAAUCUUAUGCAGCUGUUUUGAGGCGUAGUCGGUUUGUUCAGUUAUUUUAUCGAUGCUGCUUGUCUGAUUUUGUGGUAAUGACACGACAAGUUUCGUAGGCAGAAUUCAGUUAAAAUGGUAUUGGUUUUUGAUGAAAUCUUGAGAAAAGUAGUGAUAUAUAGACCGGGAAAACUGUCGUUAGGUGUAUGUGGUGUAUGAUAUGAAGACAUGGGAAACAAAAGCUUCAUCCUUGUGUCUACUGUAGUCUUAACCAGUGUUUUGGUGAUAUUGUUUCGUGAUGAACUUUACGAAGAGAUAUACAGAAUCGAUCGCCAAAUUGAGUGUGUUAACGGUGGACGUUGGAACAACAGGCAUAAGAUGUGUAUUUGUAACUACACAUGGGCGGGGAGAGAUUGUUCUGUUUGGCGACACCAUCAAUGCUACUUCGAUUACGGGCAUGACUACCGUGGUAUGAUAAGUACCACAAGAUCUGGAUUAAGAUGCGCACUGUGGACCACCGAUCAUAACAACGAUUUAUAUCCAAUUGGCGAAAGAGGAAUUGACACUCACAACUUCUGCAGAAAUCCAGAUAACGAACCAACUGGAAUAUGGUGUUACGUGGACGGUGAACAAUACAUGGACUUUUGUAACGCAACAGUAUGUCCAGACGAAUACAAGAUCAUGCCGAACAUAACUUUGGGGGAUGACGAGUCGACAGAAAACCCAACUGUUCGAUUUUUAUUCGGCCCUCUUAUAUCCGGGGUCUGCGGCGGAGUCGUUGGUCUUCUGAUAUUGAGCGGUAUAGCCGAAUACCUGCGGAGAAAACAGUAUUUUCAACGACGCAGAAAACGAAAAAAGAUGAAAAGUUCUGCCAGCGGUGUUAAUAAUAAUGAUGACACCGAGCUGUACAAAGAGCUAGGCGUGACACGGCCGCUAGGUGGUGUUAUAACUGUAAACGUAGACACCGGGGAACAGCGAAGGCAUAGCGCUGGAAACACAACGAGCGAAGAUGGGAAGUCAAGGUCCUCUAAGGAAAAGAGCAUCUCCGGAAUGAAUAUUUCACGAGAAUAUGCUGCUACCGCAAAACAAAAUCCAGAUCGAAAUGCAGAGGUGGACAAAAAGAACAAUAAAGAUGUGGGAAAAGAAAUCAAGUAUGGAGAAUCCACUGAAAAGGUCGGAGAGUCGGAAAAUUUGAAACAAAUGGAUGAAAAGGAUAUUGGGUCAAAAACCGAUAAGAAUAUAAACAAGAAAAAGGGUAAAAAACGAACCAGUAGUGACAGUAGGUCUGUUGGGCGGGAAAACCAAGCUUUUAUUAAUUCGGAGAAAACUGGUGAACCGGAGAUACCUAAGUUGGAAAAGAUCGAUGAAUCGUCCUCUCAUAGUUCAUAUGUCGGGUUAUCGUCUGAGAGAAGCCGAGAAAAGUCGGCAGUUUCUCCAAGACGUACAGCUGACAAAGAAGGACGUAGGUCGAAAUCGUAUUCUGCCAGCGAUUCUCCACGAACUGAAAGACGGAGACCAAGGGAAGAUAAAAGUCACCGCAGAAGCGAGGGGGUUCAACGGAAUGCGGAAAAAGGUCCUGAUCUUCCGGAGAAGAGCAGUCGGCACGAGUCUAGGAAUCGGGACCGAAGACGUGAACGUUAUCAUACAGGCGACCGUUACCGAUCCAAGAAAAGGACUCGGUCCGAAUCCUCUCGGCCAGAAACGGAAUACCGCGGUGACAAACGGAAUUCGCGAUCAGAUAAAACAGAGAAAAGUGACAGCAGAGAACGGCAGAAAUCUAACAGAAAAUCGACUUCGCGCAACGAAAGAAGCUCACGGACUUCUAACAGCAGUAGAAAAAGUAAAAGUUCAAAAAGAGAACACGAUUAUGGCGCCGGUGUAGUAGUUGAAUAUGUUUAACAAAGGGCUAUUGCUCUGCACACUUAAUCCUGCUUAGGUUUUGUUAUGUAAGUAAUUGGACAGUGAAAGGGACGCUUAAUCAUACACAUUAUUACCGUAUAUAUAUCGCAGAAAUAACACAGGCGGCGUGGCGAAAGACCUGUUGACCAAACUUAUUUAACAAAAAAACAAGUUGUCAAACAGAAAAAAGGCAAAUUGUUUGUAAUUGCAGAACAAGAUAGGACCAGUUUACUUGGCUUUUGUCUUUCGGUACGUUAUUGUUUGACAAUAAACAGUGACGCGUACGCUA